GCUUAUUAUCGUCGCAGCCUCCACUUUUACCUCUUCACCAGUUCUUCACUUCACCAUUUCCUCAAUUUCUUCCAGACAGGUGUAUGUGCAAUAUCCACAGUCCAAUUGUCAAUCAGAACUUGCGAGAAGAGCGAGAGGGAAAGAGAGAGAGAGAGAGAGAGAGAGAGAGAGAGAGAAAGAUGAUGCGAGGGAAAGAGAGAAAAAAAGUUAACUCACAUGAGUCCCUCAAACUUCCUCCUGCCCAGUCCUGCAUGAAAGAAAAUCUCGAGAUACGAAAGAGGAUCUCCCUUGUGAUUCAUACAACAUACAUACUGACUUACAAACGGUUACCUACGGAAUCCGUGAGGUAACAAUUACCAGGCUGAUCCAUGAUCUCAACGACUCAAUGAUCUCAAUGAUCUCAAUGAUCUCAAUGAUUUACAA